CAUAAGGUAGGGAAAUUCACUACGAAGGAAGGCCCGGCAACCAAUCAGUAGGACGCGCAAACACGGGACUUCACCUUGGCCGUGACAACUUUGUCUACACUCUUUGACCACCAGACCGCGUCACAGCACAAGUCGUUAGCAACUUCUUACAGCCAUUCGAACCGCGUCGCCCGCCGUCUCCAGAAACUUCGUAGCAACUGGUCAGCAUGUCCGCCGAGAAGCGUCCUGCCGAAGACGAUCCAAGCUCGUCUCAAUCCCUAGUCAAAAGGCAGAAUGUGCAAUCCUCGGAGGGUGCCAUUGCGCGCCUGAAUGCGUCUAGCAAUGCCCUCGUCCAGAGCGCUCCUCGAACAAGCGGGCUACAGGCGCCGGUGAUGCAGCUAUCGGGCCAUUCUGGAGAGAUCUUCGCCUCAAAAUUCGAUUUGACGGGAAAUUUAAUAGCAUCGGGCUCGAUGGACCGGAGUAUCAUGCUUUGGCGAACCUACGGCGACUGCGAAAAUUACGGCAUACUCAACGGCCAUAAAGGGGCGAUUCUGGACCUUCAGUGGUCACGAGACUCCGAGGUGCUCUUCUCAGCGUCUGCAGAUAUGCAUCUUGCGAGCUGGGACUUGACGUCCGGGACGCGCAUAAGACGAUAUGUCGGACACGAGGAGAUAAUCAACACAGUGGACAUCAGUCGACGAGGUGAAGAGUUGCUCAUCAGCGGGAGUGAUGAUUCGACAAUUGGUAUUUGGGAUCCACGGACGAAGAAUGCGGUAGAUCACCUCGAGACCGACUUCCCGGUGACUGCGGUAGCCAUCUCGCCGGCGGGCAACGAAAUCUAUUCAGGUGGCAUAGACAAUGACAUCCGCGUAUGGGAUGUCAGAAAAAAGGCGGUUGUCUAUACGAUGCUGGGACAUGCCGACACUGUGUCAUCACUGCGUGUAUCUCCAGAUGCGCAGUCUCUCUUGUCAUACUCGAUGGAUUCGACGGUACGAACUUGGGAUAUUCGGCCGUUUGCGCCCACUGAGCGACACAUAAGGACGUUUGAUGGUGCUACAAUGGGUCUGGAGAAGAAUCUCAUGGGAUCAAGCUGGGAUUCCCAAGGCAAGCGAGUGGCUGCCGCCUCGGGUGACGGCACCGUUCUCGUUUGGUCUACAGAGACGGGCAAGCUGAUGUAUAAACUUCCUGGCCAUAAGGGCACAGUCAAUUGCGCGGAAUUUGGCCCAGGGACCGAACCCAUAUUGCUAUCUGCAUCAUCGGACCGGACCAUGCUGCUCGGAGAACUUCGUUGAAGGGGAGUACUGAGAUGAGAACGAAGCAGACAGACAGAGAGGGACACUGUUCCUUCGAAUGCCCAGGGACUGGGAGUGAGUUCAUUGGGAGUGUGCGGCUCAUCCAAUCGCUGCUGAGCUGCACGACAGCGGGCAACAGUUCACCCAAGCGAACGGCCCUUCUUGAGCGAAGUGCCAGUCGACGGCCAUAGCCAUAGCGAAUCGCACCAAAGUCAUCUUGGUCUGUGUAGCUCGAUCAAAUCAAGAUUACCACGCGAGAGACAUGGGGCAGCUCCAACAACACCGCUCAUCCAGUAGAAGACCAGUCUGACAGCAACGAUGAAUAAAGAGCGAGCGAGAUGAUUCGCAACCGGGGAAAAUCUAAAAAUGAACUGCAGAUAUCAAAUAAACCUGUGUGUGGUAUUAA